AUGCACGAACUAAAUAGAAAUUUUCAUGGAAUUAAAACUGGAAAUCAUAAAUUUGAAUUCAUAUUUCAAUUACCAAAAGAAGGUCUACAUACAUCAUUUGAUGUUGGAAAUUGCGAUGGGCGUAUACGUUAUUGUAUAAAUUUGCAAUGUUUUUUCUACGGUCGAUUAGUGCUUAAGAAAACAUUGAUAUUUCCAAUCGUAUGUCCAAUUAAUCCGCCUGAAUGUUUGAAAGUAUUCAACAAUUAUUAUAACAAAAAACGAGUGGAAUUCAAAAAAGGUCGUUAUCUUGAUGCUGAAUUGUCAAUCUCGAAACGUUGGUUUGUACCUGGCGAAGCGUUACCUGUUCAAGUUUAUAUUGAUAAUAGGUCUGGUAAAUCUAUAAAAUUUUCUCAUUUAUCAAUACAGCAACGUGUUUUCUGUAUUGCAACACAUCCAAUAACAUAUGGCAAAGAAUGGUUUCAAGAUACGCUUGGUGUUGGUAUGGAUGUAUGUAAAAUACCAAGUGAAUCGACGCAUAAAUAUGUGCCAAAGUUUAACGUACCAGCUUUGGUACCUGGUUUCGAGAUUGAUGGUUGUAUGAGUCUCGAAUAUGCCCUCAAAUUGGACAUUGGUUUUGAUAGGAACGUGAUGAAUAAUGACGUGAAAUAUAUCAUCUGUACCUUAACUAUACCUAUUUUCAUCGGAACAAGUUCCAUAACAAACACAAAUUUUUCGCAGAAAUCCGAAUUUGAAAAAGCAAUUGUGUCACCUCCAAAUUACGACGACAUUCCACCGCCAUCUUAUGAUGAAUGCCUUUCAAAACUUCCAAUUGCCAAAGAAGCAAAUAACCAAUGGUCAGCAGGAACUUCAUUAUUGACCACUAUCAAUGAUGAUACUUCGAAAAAUGCUAAUGACCAACAACAAUUACGGAAUAAUGAGGUAUUACCCGAAAGCGAUACCGCAAAUGACGUCAGCGGAAGAAAUGUCAAUUUACUUGAGAAUGGAAACAAAUUUGAUUCAAGCAACGAAAAUAAUAUCGUUAAGCUAUUAUGGAACAAUUUGAAUGCGAUUGAAAGAACAUCUUCUUCUGAAAUCAAUUAUUUUACUCAAAGUGAAAAUAUGACUGCCAAAAUUCUUGACGAUAUUACUGGUAGUAAAUUACCAAUUUUAUGGAUAAAUAAAACUUAUCAAGCUUAUGAUAUAGGCUUAAAUGUGACAACAAUGGUUGAAUGUGCUGUAUGGAAUGUAUCAAUGCUAAUUAAUGUCACUGAUAUAUCACUGGAUCAAAUGAAUGCUACUGAUGGUGAUGCAAAUUGGAGAACAAGCGGUGUAGAAAUUGUAAAUACAAAAGAGCGUCUGGAAGAACUGAAAUUGAAUACAGAUUUACUUGAUAAAUAUAAGGAAAUUAUAAUUGUCUUCGAAGAAAUUUGUAAAAAUUAUCCACGAGAAUUAUGGUUUUCAACAGUUGAAGAUGCACGUCAAUUGGGAAUAACAAAAAUCGAUUCAUUCAUCUGUGAUCCAUUCAAGGAAGAAUUACAUCCCAGUGAGGAGAAAUUGCAACAAUUCCAACAACUUUUAAACGGAAUUGUACAAAAUAUCACUUUAAAUGAUAUGUUUCAUAUUUGUCAUCUCUUCGCAAUAGUAACUGCAUUCAGCAUGCGAAUUAGCUGAUUGUCCACGAAAUCGAAGAACAAUAUGACAGAGGGAAUAGUUGCGCCAAUUAUGUCAUUGAUAUCUCACAGUGCAGAAAAAGAAGUUCAUAAGCGCAACUUGGCACAAUAUCUCAGAGAUGUAUCGAGGAAGGACGAGAGUGAUGAUGAGGAAAGUGAGGAAUUUCUGGAUUUAGUGUUAGCUGACAAAAACGAUGAGUCAGCACAUUUGGAUGAGGAUUCACGGAGUAGCAUUCAAGAGGAAUCUGAUGAGAUGAUUGUCAGUGAUAAUGAUGAUGAUAGGAGUUCAAAAGUACCACUUGUAAUUAAAGUAGAUCAUGGCCAGCAACAAGCUCGUUUAAUUAUACAUAAUUGGGAUGCAAUUCAAGCAUUACGUCUAAAUAUAUCGAAACACGUAUUUGAACGACAUCAAUUGAUCGGUUUAUUGCUUGAUGGCAUUUGCGCUGAUUUUGUACCAAGCGCUAUUGAUGAAUUCAAUGCAACCGAAUUCGAAGGAGUGGAUAUUGAAGGACCAAUAGGAUUGAAUAUAACAACUUUGUCGUUAUCUGGUGUUAAUUUAACAGAAUUAGCUGAAAAGUUACGAAAUGAUACUGAGGUGGAUAUGAUACUUAGUAGAACGAUGUCCGAGGAAAA